AUGGAACCUCUACUAGACGAGCUCCCGACGUAUCCACCGCCUCCACUGGGGCACCAGCCACAUCCACAAGGCCCUCAGCAAGGUCAACAACAGCGCCUGGGGCCCGACAGGCCUGCCGGUUUUCCACCUCCAGGCGGAUCCUACGAUUCCAUGGGAAUGGCUGUUUCUUCAGCCCAGCCUUCUCAUAAUCCCAAUAUUCAUCAUCUUGGCACGCCAAAUAAUCUAGGCACGCCAAACCAGCAUCAUUCUCAUCCACAUGCCCAUCAAUUGCAUCCACAUCAUCCUGGCCAGCUAGGGCACCCAGGCCAUCCUAACCAUGGAAUGCCAGGACAGCUUGGCAUACACGGCCCGCUGGGCAUGCCUGGGAAUCCUACGAAUCCAGGCAAUCCAACAGCAUCGGCGCCGCUUCAGGAUGGCUUGAAUACGCCUAAUUCCAAUUCUACUGGUCCUCCUCCAGCAGGUGCUUCUGGACCUCCAGGUGGGCCAGUGGGGCCUGGUGGCUCUGCUGCUGGUCCAGUCGCUGGCACGGGAGGCCCAGGCGCUGGCCCUGGCGGCUACUACGAAGACGAGAUGGAAACAAAGUACGUGGCUAACCCUGUCAACACUUACCUUCCUCCAGCUGUCUACGAGCCCCAGCCACUUCCAGGCUACAGACCGUACGAGUACUAUCACAACGGGCCGCAGGCGGCAGGCGUGUCUUCGUCGGUUUCGGGUCCGUCGUCGACGUUCCCACUGAAUUCAGCUUCGGUGCUUCUGGCGCCAAUGCCAAUGGGUUCGGCUUCAAGCAGCGGACCUUCCUCGUCAUCGUCCUUUUUGGGUCCUAAAUCUGCUGGCAAUUCUGGUCCUGACAAUUCCAACAACAAUAAUAACAACAAUAUGUACAUGCCUUUACAACAAAACUACUCGGGCCCUGGCGGCGGGCCUGGUGGUCAACAGUCUUCAUCGCUGCCGGGCUUCAACUACCAACAGCAGUACCCGUACCGCCAAAGUUCUUCUUUCAGCGGGUACCCACAAAAUUCUAUUGGUGCACCUCCCGAAACGGGACGCAACAAGUGCCCUGUUUGUCAUAAGGUGUUUAAGCGGCCGCUGUCGCUCCAGAUUCAUUUUUAUAUUCAUACGGGCGUUAAGAUGUUCAAGUGUGAGUGGGAAGGCUGUGGACGGAUGUUCAAUGUGAAGCUGAAUAUGAAGAGGCAUUAUAGGUUACACUUGAAGAGAGAAGAAGAAAAACGUAUGGCUGAGCAAUGA